AUGUUUUUUACAGGAUGUUGUGCUUCCUGGAAACCACAACACAAGCUACCAUCAGUAAUACAAAAAGAUGAAAAGACCUGCAUCAUUCUGUACUGUAUGUGGAAUGAAUCUAACAGUCUUCUGGAACACUAUGACCGUUAUGUUGAAUGGUACAGGAAGGCAAAUGAUAAACCAGUUCUAAAUCUAAACUCAAAGGAACCUUUACCCAAAAGUCAAUUCAAGGGAUGGACUUAUACCUGUGAGAAUAAGUCCAAUCUCAUUAGUGCGCUACAGAUCAAUGAGUUAAAGGUCAGUGAUACGGAUGUAUACUGGUGUCAAGUCACUCUUAGAAAAGGAACAAAACUGGACAACAGAAAGGGAACAAAAAGCAACUUAACAGUAACAGCAUCCAAUGUGAAAGGGAACUCCAUAUCUGAAUGUGAAAAUAUUGUGACAUGUCCAGUUCGUAAGGAAACCAACACAAAAGACUCUCAUCCAGAAUCAUGGCAUGCAUUUCUGAAAUAUUCUCUGUAUGCAUCAAUUCCUACUGCAGCUAUAGUCUUUGCCAUUUGCUUUUACUUGAAAAAGAGAGGUUUCUUUAAGAGGUGUAAUAAGGACAGUGAACAUUUGGAUGAGGCCUGUUGUUCUGAUGAGAGAAAUGACCUAACAUAUGCAGAACUGUCAUUUGACAAACGGCGAAAAAAGAAAAGUCACAUUGAGAUGCAGUGUAAUGUGAAGACGGAGGAUUAUACUGAGUAUUCAUCACUUGCCAUUUAGAGAAAAUGGGGAUCCUUUAGAUGUUUUAAAAAAAUCCACUGUUUGAACUCUUCAAAAUGAAAGAAACAAAAAAGAUGCAAACUUCACUGUCUCAGUUUCAAAAAUAUGUUUUAGUAACAUAAUUUGUAAAAGUAUUCAUCUUCUUACUAACAGCUUGGUAUAAAAAAUAUUUUUUUCACUUUGCACAUUUUGACUGUCGCUCUUAUAGUAGGAGCUUUAUAAGAUGUCAGUAUGCCUUGUUUUAUUUCAAACUAAGUUAUACAAUACUUUGAAUUUCCUUUUCCACAUUGUGCCGUAAAUAAUAAGUUGGCCCACUUUGUGUGAUAUAAAUAUCUCAUUUGUCAGUAACAAAUAUAAAUCAUUAGGAGGUAGAGCUCAAUAUGAAUUGAUGAAAGUUGAUAUUUUAAGAGGAGUGGCGGUACCACAGCACUAUAAGGUGUAUAAUACCUAGAAUCAAUAUGAUGUUGUUCUGCACACUGUAAAAUGACCACUAUAGAUAACGUCAUAACAGACUGACAUAUUUUUAAAUUGCACAUAUCACUUUCACAAUAUUAUGUCUACAGUUAGUAGAUAUAAGUCAGGUAUGUACUUGUUGAAAACAUGAAGAUAGAAUCUACUGAUCAAAAAUCAAUUAGACCAAAGUAAAGAAAGCCAAUAAGUCAGUGCAACAAAAAUAAUCAUUCCCCAUUUUUGAGUCUGUUACAAGAUAUAGACAGAUAAAUAGAUAAGUAGGUAGAUAGACAAGACAGCCAUCCAUAUAUCGUUUGCUUUCUUUGACAGUAUUAAAGGAGCACAUCAUUUCAUUACAAUGCACAUUUCACAAGUAUUCUUAGUUUAGAAUAACAACAGUAUUCGAUCAACAAGCAUAUGUCAUUUAUUAUGAUCAUACAACAUUUAUAGCAUCUUGAUUCAUAUACAUUAAACAAUAACUAUGCUCCAGAAAAGCUGACAGUUUCAUUACAAAGAUUACAUUUCUAAUGUUUUUUUUUGUGCUGAGGCUGAUUAAAAUUAUCAACUGAAUGAAUAAUGCUAAUAAAAGUGAUAUGAGUGAACGUUACAGCUAAUUUUCUCAUGGCUAGAUAAAUUAAACCCCAUUCAAUUAAAGCUGACAAGUCUUUGACAUAUCUUUGUGAUGAUGAUUUUGCCACCACUUAGGAGGUUUUGCACCCAUACCCUAAGUCUGAUGUAAAUAACUCUCUGGCCACUGAGCUUUUAGAUUAGAUAUAUACUUUGUUGAGGAAUUUUCCAUCUGUGACUGAAUGAGCUUGUUUGUUGAUGGCCAUAAAGAAGUAAACAGCUACAGCAGAAUUUCAGUUAAAAAACAAACCCAUACAUAGUCACAAACAUUCUCUCUCUCUCCACCCACACUAAUUGGCCAGUGCAGGUUGGGCAAUUAGUAUGAUGGAAAGAAUCUCUUAUUCAGAGACUUGGCAAACCCACACAGAUAAACACCUCAUUAUCAACUCAUUCACAUGUCUCUGAAUCGAGUAUUGUACUGUACUAUUAGUCCUGACUAUGCUAGUGCUGUGCCUUGCAUCCUAUCUAUUGCAGUAGCAUAGGAACUCCCCUACGUGCACAAGCACACACAUUCAGGCACCCAUGUACAAAGGCAUAAACACACACACAGAGUUGGCAUACUGUCCCUAACUGCAGUAGUGUGGCCACCCAGGCAAACAUACACUGAAACACACAUACACACACAUUCAGCCACAGCUGUGUCUCUACAAUGCACGCACAUUAUACACUGUAAACACACAUCCACAAAUACAUACAUAAACACAUGCACAAAGCAAUGUCUUUCUUAUACUUAGCCUGUACCAUAACUACUUUCAUAGGAGUGGUCAAAAUGCAAUGACUUUUCCUCCUAUAGAAAAAAAAAAAACUUCUCAAAGCAAUUCAUAAUCACUGUGCUGAGUCACUUAAGAGCAACAGUCAUGUCUGGGGAACAGCACAUGACUAAUUAUCAUUAGCCAGUCCCCCAAACUGCUACAUUAACAUGCAGUUUUCCAAUGAGACUGCUAUCUGUACUAUGGCUUACACUGUGGGAAAAGCACAGAAGGAUACCCAUCUCUGAAUCACGAAGGCUUUCUGCUAUUUGGAAAUCUUCUGCAUUAAAGCUUAUGCAUCAAUGAAAGCCUUUCUGAAUUCAGGCACUAAGGUUUAAUUAACAACUAUAUGGUAGUGCAAACAUGCCCAAUUCUCUUCUGGUUUUCUUCUGAGGAAACCAGAACUAAGCAAUGUUGUGCACUAAAGCUAAAGGUUAUUAUUUUCUUUCCCAGUCCUGAUCAGGUGCAUAUCUAACAAAGAAUAUAAUACACAGUGGAACUCCGGUUCACUAAUGAUUGGCAGUAGAUUUUUAUGUGCUGGCUUGCUGGGCCUAAUGCCCAAACUCA